AUGUUCGCGCCGCACCGUCUCCGAAACCGUCGACGACCCCUGCGUCGCCCGCCGCCUUCGCCGCCCCCGCCGUCGCCCGCCGCCGCCAUGCCCAGAGCCGUCAUGCCGGCCGUCAAGCCGUACGCCUACCUGGCCUUCAACACGCACCACGGGGACGCCGGCCUGGCGCUGGCCGUGCCGUCGUGCGCCGUGUCCGCCGGCGUGCUGGCCUUCACCUUGCUGCUGGCGGAGAUCGCGCGCCGCCUGGUGAACCGCAUCACCGAGCAGGGGUCGCUGCUGUCGCAGCUGCUGCACGAAGUGGUGGCGGCGGGCGAGCUGUGCGCCUGCUGCUUCGAACUCUGCGUCAUCGCAGACAACUACGGCGUCUGGGUGUACGCGGUGUGUCUGUGGGCGCUGACGGUGUGGUGGGGCACGCGCUGGGGGUCCGCCACUGCUUGCCCCUACAUCCACUACGAGGAUGUGGUGGAGGGCAACACAGACGUGGUGACGGCGCUGCUCAAGACGGCGGCGCAGCUGGGAGGAGGCUUCGCCAUCUACAAUUACAUUCAGUACAUCUGGGAACUGGAACUGGCAGAGACACACAUCGACAAAGCUGAUGAAGACUGUGUUGCAGAUCUUCAUGUCACAAUGUUCCAAGGAGCAGGAAUUGAAGGGGCGGCAACUUGUGUGGCUCGAGUCGCAUCUCGCAUUAUCAGUCAACGUGAAAUACCCCUUGGCAAUUAUAUUGAUGCCUUUGUAGGAACAUCAAUGGUCAUUGCAGCUUUUGACCUGACUGGUGGAUACUUAAAUCCUAUCUUAGCAUCAUCUUUGAAAUAUGACUGUGAAGGUAACACAUUUGAAGAGCAUGUUAUUGUAUACUGGGUUGGAGCUACACUGGGAGCCAUUGCAUCCAUCUACUUGGCCAAUCACCCAACCAUUCAGAAACUCCUGGGCAAACCUAAGGCUGACUGAAUAGAGACAUUACCAAAUUCUACAUUUCCAACUUGCAAUUCUACAUUAAAGCCCAGAUACAAAUUUGUUUAGGUCAUGUUUAACUCACAAGUUUUCUGCACUAAAAUUUUCUGUUCCUAUUUAUUGUGCAACAGACUGGUUCCCAUCCAACCUUCUAUUAUAUCAACAAUGUACCCUGUUUCCCAUCAUACAACUUGAUUUUGUUUUUAAGUAUUACAUUAUCUGGGCAUCAAAGAAGACACUACCUUAACCGAGAUCUACUAGGUUCUCUGCCCAAAAUACCUGUGAUCAAGUUCCAGAUGAACUACAUGCUAGCACUGCCAUCUUUUGAGUAAGCCUAUAGAAAUGCUUCCCCCAAGUGCUUGUGCAGUGCCUUAUGAAGCAAUUUUACUAUUUUCACAAUAUUACAGUGUGUAAUGAUACAGAAUAUGUGCUCCACGCAGGGAUUUCAAUAACGAACUCUCAUGCAAUUCAAGAUGAAGACUGACAUAAACAAAAUUGAGUAAGCAUUAGUGUUUCAUAAUUGCCUGCUCUGCACUGCACACUGCAUUGUAAAUAUGAAAAUAAUUUGCUAUUAAAAUAGGUCACAAGAAUAAAAUUUUGAAACUAUAAAUUAUCAAACAAGAAAUAGGACAUGGGACCAUGAGACAUGAAUAUAGAGUUGUAUGUCCAUUUCAAAACAUUUCCUUUGUGUGGUUAUUGCUCACGCUGACUUACUUAAUGUUUUCAAGUGUAUGUGUGCAUUUAUGCAACAGUUACUGAAUGCUGAAAAAGAAAAAGGUUCAUAUUCCUUCUUUUCUCAAGAAGUGCCUGAAUCACUGACCAACAACUAGUGUACAUAAGGCCCUCAAUUCAAUUUUGUAUUGAAACCAAUAGUAUAUAAAACUCUUUUAAUAUUCUAGUCAUGUUGCUGUAAGUUAAUUUGUAAAACAUGAAAAAAGUUUGUUAAUGUGAAAGAUUACUGUUGCAGUUGUAGCUUAUCAGGUCACCCAUAAAUGUAAUAAAAAUAAUUUGAAAUUGUAUCGAUUUUUUAUUAACCUCAAUUUAAAUCCUCUAAUAUUUUAUCAUAAUGCCAACCUAAUAAACUUAUUGUUGAAAAGCACUUAGUCCAGCUGUCAUCCAUAGGUAUAAGGAAAUUAACAAUGUUAAAAAA